UGACCAGGAAGUGAUUUAUCAUCGAACAAUCUAAAAAUUAAUGCGUUCGCUGAACAUUUUCGAAGAGAAAUGUAAAAGUUUAUGGCAACAGUACAACGGAACGAUUCAUACGGUGCAAGUCAUUUUCGUUUGAAACGAUUUUGACAAACAUUUCAAACGAAGAGGGACAUUUUCAACUUUGACCCCUGACGAAUUGAAUGAGUUUUCUGCAAAAUGGCAGCAUCAAUACCUUCUGCCGUGUCAGCACCAUUGGGUCAAAAACGCAGGGCAUCUUUGAAGAAGAAAGAAAGAAGAAAACGAAAACGCCAAGCCCUCGCCAAAGCCCAAAUCAGGGAAUCUGGUGAAAAUGGAGAUGAUUCUCCACCAGAACAGGAUGAUGAUGAAGAGGAAAGGAAGGCUGAGGAAGAAAGACGGCGCCUAGACCAGGAGUGGCUGGAGAGGGAGAGGCUGGCCCAGCAGGAAUUCAGACUCCGGUGGGAGAGGGAAGACGCUGCAAGGAAGAGACAGGAGGAAGAGGAGGCGAGGAUAAAGCAGGAAUGGGAGGCCCAGCAGAGGAGAGAGGAAGAGGAGAAGGAGCAGAAGCAACAGGAGAAGAGAGACAGAGAGGUGAAACCUGCACCAGGAGGAUAAACGCACAAUGGAAGAGCUACAUAUCCUCUUCCUUUUGGUCACACAAUGGUUUUAACUUAAGAAAUAUUACACAGUAAUGUGUCUUUUGUGUGAGAAAGAAGUGUUUUUGCCUCAGACAUCGACUUUUAUCCACGUGUUUUUCCUUAACUGUGAUACACGCAAAGGCCUUAACUAAGAUACACACAAAGAGGGACACUCCUACAGGUCUGUGCUGCCAUGGGACAAGGAUAUAUCCAGAUAUGCCACUGCAGGUUUUCACCAGCCCAUCCUAUGUUUGCACCAUUUACAGGAAGCUGUACAGAAAAUGUUGGACCAGGCUGAGAGUCAGCUGGAGAAUGGGGGUCCCUGGAGAAACCCUGAGGCUCCAGAUUUUGGUACGGAGCAAGACCGGGCUAACUGCCCCUUCUUCCUCAAAACUGGAGCCUGCCGCUUCGGCGACAGGUGCUCUCGUAAGCAUGUCCACCCCCCGUCCAGCCCUACUCUGAUGAUCCGGGGGAUGUUUGCGACUUUCGGGAUGGACCAGAGGUCACGGGACGACUACGAUACAGACGCCUGUCUGGAGCACAGCGAGGAGGAGGUACAACAGCAGUUUGUGGAUUUCUACGAGGAUGUACUUCCUGAGUUUAGGAAUGCUGGCAAGGUGUUGCAGUUUAAGGUCAGCUGCAACUUCGAGCCACAUUUGAGAGGAAAUGUUUAUGUCCAGUUUGACACAGAGGAGCAGUGCAGAGAGGCCUUCAUGAUGUUCAAUGGAAGAUGGUACGCUGGCAAACAGCUCCAAUGUGAGUUCUCUCCUGUCACCAGAUGGAAGACUGCUAUAUGUGGUUUGUUCGACCGACAGAAGUGUCCGAAAGGAAAGCACUGCAACUUCCUGCACGUGUACCGUAACCCUGGAAAUGAGUUCUGGGAGGCGGACAGGGACCUGCACAUGUCCCCCGACCGGGGAGGAGGGGGUACCGGGUCUUUCGCUGGGGGCCGGUUCUCUGAGAGGAGUAACCGCUCCUCGUGGACCGAGAGGUCACAGAGCCGACGGGGGGAGAGGAGCAGGAGGAGUAGGAGCAGGGAGAGCAGAAUAGCCCAAAGGAGAGAGAGUCUUCAGAGUGACAGGUCUUGGACCAGUCGUACCAGCACGAGACCCAGGUCGAGGAGUAGGGACAGAGAAAGGAGAGACAGGAGCAGAGAUAGGAGGGACAGAGGCAGGAGCAGGGACAGAGACCGGCUGGAUGGGAGCAGAGACCGAGAUGGGAGCAAGAGAGAGGGGUGGAGGGGUUCACCCACAGAGGCUAGUAGGGGGAGAUCCAGAUCAGCCAGCCCUGGAGAGUCCUCGAAGAGGAAGAGACAGGGGAGCAGGAGUCCUGGAGAGUCCUCUCAGAGGAGGAGACAGGGGAGCAGGAGUCCUGGAGAGUCUUCUCAGAGGAGGAGACAGGGGAGCAGGAGCCCUGGAGAGUCCUCGAAGAGGAGGAGACAGGGGAGCAGGAGUCCUGGAGAGUCCUCGAAGAGGAAGAGACAGGGGAGCAGGAGCCCUGGAGAGUCCUCUCAGAGGAGGAGACAGGGGAGCAGGAGUCCUGGAGAGUCCUCUCAGAGGAGGAGACAGGGGAGCAGGAGCCCUGGGAAAACAUCCCAAAAAGACAAGCAGCCAGCCAACGACAGCAGCGACACGGCUCCAUCACGCCACAAACGCAACAAAAAAAGCAAAAAGAAGAAGAGCAAGAGGAGGAAACCCAAGAGGGACAAAAAGAGCCAGUCGGCUGGGGGUCAGAGUUCAUCUGCAGAGUCAGGGAAGGAGUCUUGGGACGAGGAGAAACCCUCUCCAAACCUUGUAGACAGCAGUACACGGACUCCUCAUGAGGUAGACAACACUACCCAGGAGACUGUGGAUGUAGACAACACUACCCAGGAGACUGUGGAUGUAGACAACAAUACCCAGGAGACUGCUAGGGUAAAUGCCAUACUUAGUCUCAUGUUGUCUGAGUCUCUUGAUAAUGCCAAUGCAGUCACUUCAGACAUACAGACCCAGGUCAAGGAGGAGCCUGAGGAUCCCUGUCCACCUAUUGUCCCCUCUCCUAGCCCUGGGGAUGUGGACAUCGCUCAGACUCCUGAGGCAAACGCACUCUCCCCAGACCUCCAUAGUAUCUUCCUCAAGCAGGAGUAUCCCUCUCUACCCAGUGUGCCUGAAGAGGAAUGUGAACAGGAUCGACCUGAGACGCUGCCUGAUUCCCCUGACGAUGAUGACCCAUAGCAGAAUGAAAUGUGUUCUGUAUGGACUUCACCAUGACUGCUAUGGGCAUUUUGAAGUGUACACUGUUUAUGCAUUGACUGUUUUCAAUCUUCACCAAUGCACUGCUCAACCUAGCUUUCACAAAUGUUGGUUUGUUCCAAAUGUAAGAUGUGACAAUUAAAUGUUUUUUUAUACA